CACCUGUCUGAGCAGGAGAAAGAACACGGUCAGUUGUUGUAGUUCUCACGCAAGUUUGGAGGAGAACCUAAGUGAUCUCACCCCCUGUGUGCUAAGUCAUUGCAACUCUGGCAACAUGGGUUCCGAGCAGAACCAAGACUCUGAGGGAGUACUUGAUGGCAUGCCAGCUGGGGCAGCAGCUGCUAUUCCUGUUAGUGACCUGAAGGGAGUUGUCUCGAGGACGAGCGACGGUGAAGAUGUGGCAAUGGGCUCCGCCGCUGGCCCUCGGGAAACUUGCAGCACGGGCCGCACGGCUACCUGUCUAGAAAACAGGGAAUUUGCGGGUCCGCCGGAACUGCCGCGGUUUCUCCCAGGAGUUAAGGAUGGCCACCGUGAUGGUGGGGAUCGGAUGUUUAUGUCGUUGAAUCUUUUUCACAUUUGGGUGGAAUUCAAUAACCUUUGGAAAAUUGCAGCGCCGACAGCGCUGGCGAACUUGCUGUGGUUCGUCAGAGUGCUCAUAUCGAUCAUGUACCUUGGUCGUCUCAAGGAGGUUGAACUUGCAGGAUCCGUCCUUGCAAUCAGUUUCGCAGAUGUCACGGGUGUGUCUUUGGUGCUAGGGUUGGCCACAGGCAUGGAUGCGAUCUGUUCGCAGGCAUUUGGAGCUCGUAAUUACAAGCUGCUUCAGCUGACUCUUCAGCGCUCGAUCAUUAUACUGCAAUGUGUGGCUGCUUUUCUCAUCGUCACAGUCUGGCUCAACGUGGACAGCAUCCUCAUUCUGCUUGGACAAGACCCGGCAAUGGUUGCUGUGACAAAGAACUACCUCUUUCUGACGAUACCCGACCUUGUAUCGUAUGCUCUGAUAAUACCACUUAGAACAUACUUGCGCUCACAGUGCAUCACAAUCCCUUUGUCGAUCUGUGCAUGCAUUGUUCUUGCAAUCCACAUUCCAUUAAAUUAUGUGUUGAUCUUCAAGGCUGGGCUUGGGUACAAAGGUGCUGCGGUAGCAACAGUCAUUACCGACACCAACUUUGCUUUGCUGCUUGUGCUUGUGAUUUGGUUAAGAACUCCGAAAGAAGGUCCUAGCAGAUGGCAUGGGUGGUCAUGGGAGUGCUUGAAGGAGUGGCGGCCGAUUCUUAAGCUAGGUGUGCCGUCUUGUGUGAGCAUAGUUGUAGAAUGGUGGUCCUUCGAACUACUCAACAUUCUUGCCGGUCUGCUUCCGAGUCCUGACACCAAUGUCGCCGCAAUGUCCAUCUUGCUGAAUUGUUCCUACACCUGUCUCAUGGCCCCCAUGGGUGUCAGCGUCUCUGCAAGCACACGGGUUGGGAUGGAGCUGGGAGCAAAUGAACCAUGGCGGGCUCGUCUUGCGGCUUUCGUGGCAUGGCUCGUUGGCGGUGGUGUUGGCGUGAUCAACAUGCUGAUUAUAUUGUUGUUUGGCAGCCAGCUGGCCUCCUUAUUUACCAACAUUCACUCUGUACAGCUUGUUAUCGCGGAGGUGAUGCCCCUGCUUGGAGUGACGGAGCUCUUUUUCAGUCCGCAGUAUGUAGGGGGUGGAAUUCUGAGGGGAUGUGCUCGCCCCAAUUUUCUGUUUGUUGUCAGCAUUGUGGCAUUUUACUGUAUAGGGUUACCACUCGCCAUCUGUAUAGUUUUUGUGCUGCAUUUUGGCGUUUCUGGCCUCAUGUGGGGUCUCCUCUCUGCAGAGUCCACUGCAUGCCUGGCAGUCACAGCAUAUGCAGCAUUCAUUGAUUGGGACAACGAGGCAAAGAGGGCACAGCUCCUCGUGAAAGGCACUGAGAUUGCCAAAUCGGCUGACUGUUUGACUCACAAUGGUGACAAGCUUGCUCACCUAGCAGCUGAGAAUGCUGAAAAGCUUGAAGGAUCUGUCAACAACUCCAACAGCAAAUGGGACAAUACUCCUAGCCAUGACAACUGUGAUCACACACUCACAGUUCCACUUUUGCAUAGCCACGCUGAAGACCAGCGAUAGUCGCCAACUUGUUCAAGCAACCAGGUAACAUAAGUUAGAGCCUUUUUUCCAUCUCAACAUCAUUUUCUUCAGCUUUUUUGAAGGUAGCCUCGGCAGGGUAUUGAAUAGUCUGCGAGGUGAUGAUGCAUUCUUUGGUGAUUUGUCAAUAGGAGGCAGCUUUGUGUUGGUCUCUAUGCUGGUGAGAAGACCUGAGAUCGCUUUCGGGCUUUGUCAAUAGGAGGCAGCUUUGUUUUGGUCUCUAUGCUGGUGAGAAGACCUGAGAUCGAUCCUGUGGUCGAUUUCAGAAAGAAAGGCAGCAAGAACACAUAAGCUGCUACCAUAUCAGCUCACCUUGCCACCACCCGAUUGACACCACAAUCAAACAUCAGAGGGCGUUCUCAGGGCACUGCUCUGAUCAUCUGAUGAAAGUUUUGGGCGCACAAUCCGAUAAUGUGGCACAUACAUGUUUGGCGAGGUGAAACGGCGGCCGCUGCACUUCCAUGUUCUCGACCAGUCUGAAUGGGCAUCGACUUGGGCUUCAAUGCAACAAAGCCGAAAUUGUCAC